AGGAGGUCCGCCGACAUGCCUGAGGCAAAACCAGCAGCCAAAAAGGCCCCCGAAAAGAAAGAUGCUGCCAAACCAGCUCCCAAGGAAGCCCCCCCCAAGGAGGCUCCUGCAGAGCCCCCCAAAGAAGCCCCGCCUGAGGACCAGUCUCCCACUGCUGAGGAGCCCACUGGCAUUUUCCUGAAGAAACCAGAUUCUGUGUCUGUGGAGAAUGGAAAGGACACGGUGAUCGUGGCCAAGGUGAACGGAAAGGAGCUCCAGGGCAAACCAACCUUCAAGUGGAUCAAGGGGAAGUGGCUAGAGCUGGGCAGCAAGAGUGGGGCCCGAUUCACCUUCAAGGAGUCCCACGACCCUGCUAGCAAUGUGUACACCUUGGAGCUGCACAUUGGGAAGGUGGUCCUUGGGGACCGUGGGGAUUACCGCCUGGAGGUCAAGGCCAAGGACUUCUCUGACAGCUGUGGCUUCAACAUCGAUGUGGAGGCACCCCGUCAGGACUCCUCUGGGCAGAGUCUAGAGAGUUUCAAGCGUUCGGGUGAAGGGAAGAUGAAAGACGCGGGCGAGCUGGAUUUCAGCGGCCUGUUGAGGAAAAGGGAGGUGGUUGAGGAGGAGAACAAGAAGAAGAAGAAAGAUGAUGAUGACCUGGGCAUCCCUCCUGAGGUUUGGGAGCUCCUGAAAGGGGCGAAGAAGAGCGAGUACGAGAGGAUUGCCUUCCAGUACGGCAUCACCGACCUCCGGGGCAUGCUGAAGCGGCUCAAGAAGGCCAAGGUGGAGGUCAAGAAGAGUGCAGCCUUCACAAAGAAGCUGGAUCCAGCCUACCAGGUGGACAAGGGCAACAAGAUCAAGUUGGUGGUGGAGAUCAGUGACCCAGACCUCCCCCUCAAGUGGUUCAAGAACGGCCAGGAGAUCAAACCAAGCAGCAAGUACGUGUUUGAGAAUGUGGGUAAGAAGCGAAUUCUCACCAUCAACAAGUGCACGCUGGCGGAUGAUGCUGCUUAUGAGGUCGUCGUCAAAGACGAGAAGUGUUUCACCGAGCUCUUUGUCAGAGAACCUCCGGUCCUGAUUAUCACACCCCUCGAGGACCAGCAGGUGUUUGUGGGCGACCGGGUGGAAAUGUCAGUGGAGGUGUCAGAAGAGGGUGCCCAGGUCAUGUGGAUGAAGGACGGCGUGGAAAUGACGCGGGAGGAUUCCUACAAGGCCCAGUACCGCUUCAAGAAGGAUGGGAAGCGUCAUAUUCUCAUCUACUCCGAGGUCACCCUGGAGGAUAAGGGUCGCUACCGGGUCAUGACCAACGGCGGCCAAUGUGAGGCCGAUCUCAUCGUGGAAGAGAAACAGCUGGAGGUCCUGCAGGACAUCGCGGAUCUGACAGUGAAGGCCUCGGAACAGGCCGAGUUCAAGUGCGAGGUGUCGGAUGAGAAGGUGACGGGCAAGUGGUACAAGAAUGGGGUCGAGGUGCGGCCCAGCAAGAGGAUCACCAUCUCCCACAUUGGGAGGGUCCACAAGUUGGUGAUCGAUGACGUCCGCCCUGAGGAUGAAGGAGACUACAUGUUUGUGCCCGAUGGCUAUGCCCUGUCCCUCUCGGCCAAGCUCAACUUCCUGGAAAUCAAGGUGGAGUAUGUCCCUAAGCAAGAGCCACCAAAGAUCCACCUGGACUGCUCAGGGAAGACCUCAGAAAAUGCGAUUGUGGUUGUGGCUGGAAACAAGCUGAGGCUGGACGUGUCCAUCACAGGGGAGCCCCCUCCCGUCGCCACCUGGCUGAAGGAGGAUCAGGUGUUCUCGGCCACCGAGGGCAGGGUCCGCAUCGAGCAGCGGGAGGGCAGCAGCAGCUUCCUGAUCGAGAGUGCCGAGCGAGGGGACGAGGGCCGCUACACCAUCAAGGUCACCAACCCGGCCGGCGAGGACGUGGCCUCCAUCUUCUUGCGGGUUGUGGAUGUCCCAGACCCCCCAGAGGCUGUGCGUGUCACCUCGGUUGGAGAGGACUGGGCCGUUCUUGUCUGGGAGCCACCCAAGUACGACGGGGGGCAGCCGCUUACCGGGUACCUUCUGGAGCGGAAGAAGAAGGGCUCUCAGCGCUGGAUGAAGCUGAACUUCGAGGUCUUCACGGAGUUGACUUACGAGUCCACCAACAUGAUCGAGGGUGUCCUCUACGAGAUGCGCGUCUUCGCUGUCAACGCCAUCGGCAUUUCCCAGCCCAGCGUCAACACCAAGCCCUUCAUGCCCAUUGCGCCCACGAGUGAACCCCAGCACCUGAUGGUGGAGGAUGUGACAGACACCACCACCACCCUCAAGUGGAGGCCCCCGGAUAAGAUUGGGGCGGGUGGCAUCGAUGGCUACCUGGUGGAGUACUGCGUGGAGGGCUCCGAUGAGUGGAUCCCGGCCAACACGGAGCCCGUUGAGCGCUGUGGCUUCACCGUCAAGAACCUCCCCACGGGAGCGAAAAUCGUCUUCCGGGUGGUUGGGGUCAACAUCGCGGGGCGCAGCCAGCCGGCCACCCUGACCCAGCCGGUCACCAUCCGGGAGAUUGUGGAGCAACCCAAGAUCCGGCUCCCGCGCCAUCUCCGCGAGACUUACGUCCGCAAAGUGGGAGAGCAUCUUAACCUCGUCAUCCCCUUCCAGGGAAAGCCGCGGCCACAGGUGGUGUGGACCAAGGGCGGGGCACCUGUGGACACCUCCCGCGUGCACGUGCGCACCAGUGACUUCGACACCGUGUUCUUCGUGCGCGAGGCGGCCCGCUCCGACUCGGGGGAGUACGAGCUGAGCGUGCAGAUCGAGAACAUGAAGGACACAGCCACCAUCCGCAUCCGGGUUGUGGAAAAGGCAGGCCCGCCGGAGCACGUGAUGGUGAAGGAGGUGUGGGGCACCAACGCGCUGGUGGAGUGGCAGCCCCCCAAGGAUGACGGGAACAGUGAGAUCAUGGGCUAUUUAGUCCAGAAAGCCGACAAGAAAACCAUGGAGUGGUUCACCGUCUACGAACACAACCGGCACACCUGCUGUACCGUGUCCGACCUCAUCAUGGGUAACGAGUACUAUUUCCGCGUGUACAGCAAGAACUUCUGCGGUCUCAGCGACUUGCCGGGCGUGUCCAAGAACACGGCCCGGAUCGUCAAGACAGGAAUCACCUUCAAACCCUUUGAGUACAAGGAGCACGACUUCCGAAUGGCCCCCAAGUUCCUGACGCCUCUGCCCGACCGCGUGGUCGUGGCUGGCUACGCCGCGGCUCUCAACUGCGCCGUCAGAGGCCACCCAAAGCCAAAGGUGGUCUGGAUGAAGAACAACAUGGAAAUCCGCGAAGACCCCAAGUUCCUGAUGACCAACUACCAGGGGGUCCUGACGCUGAACAUCCGCCGCCCGUCCCCCUUCGACGCCGGGACUUACUCCUGCCGGGCGGUCAACGAGCUGGGGGAGGCGCUGGCCGAGUGCAAGCUGGAAGUCCGAGUGCCGCAGUGAAACUGUCUUCCGCCUGCCGAGACUGGUGGCUGCUGAGUCCUACCCCGACCCCCCACGCUGUGUCCCUUUCCGGAGUUGUCACUGAGAAGAUAAGAGUCUUGUCUGCA